CCCACCCCCACCACCUCCUCUUCCUCCACCUCGGAGCCCCGCCCCCCCCUCCUCUCCCUGGUUCCCGCCAAAACAGGGAGCGCGGCCACGGCGGCCACGCCCCUCGCUCGCCCCCCCGGCUCCCUCCUCGCCCUCCCCACCGCCCCCUCAUUGGCCCGCGGCAUCGCCGGGGGCGGGGCCCGGCCCUCGCCCCGCCCCUUGGCCCCCCCCGGGCUCCCUCCUCAGCCUCACCCCGACCCGGGCCGGGGGUGGGGGGGGGGCGGCGGGGGGGGGGGCUGACCCCGAGGGGCCCCUUCCCCCUGCUGGGCGCGGGGGGGGGGCGGCAGAGCAGGGGGCGGGGCUUUCCCGCGCCCGGCCACUCCCUUUUUGGCCACUCCCCCCGGCCGGGCGGGAGGGGGCGGGGCUUACCCGCGGAGCCCCGCCUCCUCCUCCUCCCCUUUCCUGCGCGGGGGGGCCGGUGGGGUGUGCGGGUUCCGGUCCUGCCUGCAUCGUUUCCAGGGUAACGGGCUUAUGGGAUGCGGCGGACGUAUGGGUGGGAGCUGCCUGCACCGUUUCCAUGCCUGAGCUCGGCCCAGUACAACACCGCCUUGUCCCAGUACGGCAGCGCCCAGUACCAGUACGCCAUCAGCGCCCAGUACGCCCAGUACGCGCAGCUGGCGGCCUCCCAGUACCCCGCCAGCGCCAGCAGCAGCACCAAUGAGGUGACCCCGUACACGGCCACGACCACCGCGGCGGGCGGCGGGGGGGCCGCGGGGGGGGACUCCCAGUACAGCACCAGCGCGGCCCAGUACGCGGCCAGCGCCGCCCAGUACGCGGCGUCGGGGGCCGCGGCCGCAGCGGGAGGGGGGGGCACGGACGCGGCCCAGUACGCAACUGGGAGCCAGUAUGGGGGGCAGUGGGGGGAUGUGGGGCAGGAGGCGGCGUGGGGCAGCUCCGGGGUCACCUGGGGGUCGUGG